GUUAAAGCUUUUAAAGGCCAAGGUAAAAAUUCAGCAACUGCAACAAUACAACCUCACCCCCCAAAAAUAGAAAAUGAACACAAUGAUUACAAAUUCUAUCAUGCAAAGAAUAAACGAAUAUACGCAAAUGAUACUAUUAACCUGGGCACCAAUAAAAUAG